AAAUUCUGUGGCCAUGCAAUGCAGUCCGUUGCCUUCCCCCUCUUCACUCUCUCCCUCUUCUCUUAUUCACUCCUCUUCCAAUGGCCACCGCUUUCCACCACCACUACAAUUUCACGCCCACUCCCAUCCUCCGCCGUCGCCGGCCUCCCCCAUCUCCAUCCCCCAUUACCCUCCACCUCAACGCCCCUCUUUCUACUACCUUCAGCUUCCCCACUAAACAAUGCAGCAGCAGCAGCAGCAGUAGGAUCACUUGCAAAGCGACGGAAAUGUCUUCUGUGAGCGAAGAAUCAGCGGCGUCGGACGGCGGCGCUGGUGAUAAUUGGGUGCCGGUGGUGCCGCUUGCGGCGCUUCCGAAAGGAGAACGGCGUGUGAUCAUACAAGACGGGGAAACCAUACUGUUGCUUUGGUAUAAGGAUGAGGUUUUCGCAAUCGAGAAUCGUUCGCCCGCUGAAGGCGCUUACACUGAGGGCUUGCUCAACGCCAAGCUUACCCAGGAUGGUUGUAUAGUUUGUCCAACAACUGAUAGCACGUUUGAUCUUCGGACUGGAGUCAUCAAGGAAUGGUAUCCAAAAAACCCAGUGUUGCGAGCCCUUACACCUGCUUUGAGGGCACUAUAUGUUUACCCUGUUAAAACAGAUGGCGAAAAUAUUUAUAUCAGCAUGCAAGGUGGUGUAAAAUCCGAUGCAGCUGCGGAGAUUGUCUUUAGUGGAAAAGCUCAACCGGGGAUAACCGCUAGUGAUGUCAAUGUGGACGAGGUGAGAAUGGUAAUCGAUGAGGACUCGGAGGGGUUUGGUUUCACAGGAAAGAAUGAACUUAUAAAUGGGAAGGCAGCUAUCAUUGGUUUCCUGCUGUUGCUGGAUUUUGAGCUUUUGACAGGUAAAGGUCUUUUAAAGGGAACAGGCUUCUUGGACUUCAUAUAUGCUGCUUCCAACGCCUUCAAUUAGAUUUACGAUUUCAUUCACAUGGGGUAACUUGUCUUGUUUUAUUCUGAAAUACUUUUUUACAAGUUAAAACUCUUGAAUCCUGUGGAUAUAUGUAUAUUUAUCUAGCAUUCAUUGUUUGAUAAUCCCUAAUCAACGUGUACAAUAAAUCUAUGUUGCUCCCGACUUUUGACGUA